AUGGCUGCAACUAUUGUCAAUCCUAAAGCAUUCCCUUUGGCUGAUGCUGAAUUAACCAGUCAAAUACUUGAUCUUGUUCAGCAAGCUUUACAUUAUAAGCAAUUAAAAAAAGGUGCUAACGAAGCUACCAAAACGCUUAAUCGUGGAAUGUCAGAAUUUAUCGUGAUGACUGCAGACACUGAACCAAUUGAAAUUUUAUUACAUCUUCCAUUGUUAUGUGAAGAUAAGAAUGUUCCAUACGUUUUUGUACCUUCAAAGACUGCUUUAGGACGUGCUUGUGGAGUAUCUCGUGCGGUUAUUGCCGCUUCUAUAAUAAGCAACGAAGCUUCCGAGCUUAAACCUCAAAUUCAACAGAUAAAGUCACGAAUUGAAAGAUUAUUGAUAUAA